AUGGUCUGGCUGCUUCUGGGUGAUCGAGCAGCAACGGAUCCGCUCACGGCCUUUGCCCGGGAGUACGACGCCAAAGGCGCCUUGAUCCAGCCGGGCCCAACUCCCAAGUAUGCGAGGGCGGACUGGGAAGGUUGCGCAUGGGCACUUCCGUCGCUAUCCUUACCGGCGGUUGGCUUGCCGAGCCGACACGGCUUAUUUUCCGCAUCGGAGAUUGACGAGAUGACACAGGCUGCUCCUCAGAUACCGCUGCCGGCGCCGCAGCCGGAAUCCGAUUUCUAUUGGGAGAAGUGCAAGGCCGGCGAGCUUUGGCUGCGCCACUGCACGACGUGCGACCGGGCCUACUUCUACCCCCGCGACAUUUGCCCUUUCCCCGAGUGCUUCUCCCGGGAUACGGACUGGAUCCAGAGCGCCGGGCGCGGCACUCUCCACACCUUCGCCAUCGUGCAUCGGGGACCCACGCCGGCGUUCCGCGACAAGGUGCCAUACAUUGCGGCGGUGGUGGAGCUGGAAGAAGGGCCGCGAAUACCUUCGUGGCUGGUCGGAAUCGACUUCGGUGAAGGGGAAAUCCGGCCGGACGCCGUGCAAUGCGGCAUGGCGGUGGCCGUCGAGUUUGAGGAAAUUGACGACAACAUCAGCCUGCCGAUGUUCCGGCCGGCCUAG